ACUGUGCUGACGUCAGGUUGGAGAGGCAGGCGAGGGAGAGCGUUGGCUUGUGUGUGCGUGCGUGGAUGUGCGUGUGUGUUUUAAACAAACCCUCUUGCUUGAACAGAUCUCUGGAAGUCUGUCUCUCUAUAACUCAGUCAGUUUUUGGUUUCGUCCACAUCGUUCUCAAUUCUCUUGUGUGUUUUCCUGUUACUAUUCUGGCCUGUUGCUUCCUUCUCUCCCUCCACAAACUUGGUGUACAGACUGCUGAGUGAUGGACUGCUAAACAACUUGUACAUCGCUACAAAGUGAGCAGUGAGUCAACUAUUUGAAGGACUGCCAGACAUGGGGAAGCAGAACAGCAAGCUUCGUCCUGAGGUGAUGCAGGACCUGCUGGAGAGCACCGACUUCACCGAGCAUGAGAUCCAAGAGUGGUACAAAGGCUUCUUGCGAGAUUGCCCCAGUGGAAACCUGUCCAUGGAGGAGUUUAAGAAGAUCUACGGCAACUUUUUCCCGUAUGGAGAUGCCUCAAAGUUUGCAGAGCAUGUCUUUCGCACAUUCGACGCAAAUGGUGAUGGGACAAUAGACUUUCGGGAGUUCAUCAUUGCUCUAAGUGUGACGUCACGAGGAAAGCUGGAGCAGAAGCUAAAAUGGGCCUUUAGUAUGUACGACCUGGAUGGAAACGGCUAUAUCAGUAAAUCUGAAAUGCUGGAGAUUGUACAGGCUAUUUAUAAGAUGGUGUCCUCAGUGAUGAAGAUGCCUGAGGAUGAGUCAACGCCUGAGAAAAGGACAGAGAAGAUCUUCAGGCAAAUGGACACCAACAGAGAUGGAAAACUGUCCCUGGAGGAGUUCAUCAAGGGGGCAAAGAGUGACCCUUCCAUUGUACGCCUGUUGCAAUGUGAUCCCAGCAGUGCUGGACAGUUUUAAAGACGAGGCACCGACUUGACUUAACUUGUCUGGGUCAUCGACAACGCCCUUCACCCUCCACUGUGGAGAAGACUGACGAAAAAUGUCAAGCAUGUGACAAAGAAGACGACAGGCCUUCAGUAUGGACUGAAGACGUCAAACUCCUGACCCACGAGCAGUUCUCCUAAAUCCAGGCAAACCCCAACUGCCAGACCUUCCAUUGGUUUGAAAGCCUAGUCAGCAGGCUCAUAGAGAAGAUUUCCACUAGGUUGUAUAUACACUGGCAUUUCUGUAUCAUUGUCCUUGCUUGGCUCUUUGAGGACGACGCAGUGUGCAUGGUAGAGAAGGGUGUACAAUAAUGAGAACCGCAACAGCGGUCUGAUAAAAAUUACUUUGUGUAAACAGAAGAAUUUAAUCUGCAGAGCAGACUUGAGAACAAGAAUUAUGUUUGACUUCCUCUUUGCCACAUUGUGUGAGAAUGUAUAUCAAUGUAUAUGGUGAAUUCCCAAAAUGUGUUUCUUUUGCAAAAAACCCCAAUAUGCUCUUAUUUGCAUUUCACAGCACUUGCAAGGUCUCACAAAUGGAAGGAUGGUUUAUAUCCCUUCAAGAUGAUUGACAGAGAACUUGUGGUCUCUCUAGUUUUUGAAUACAAUGUCAGGAGAGAAAAAGAAGAGCAAUUGGUUAAGCAGAUCCAACCUGCGAUGGUUGUUCUGUCUGUCACAUUUGCAUAUAUGUAUUCACGCUUAUGUGGGAUUUCCAGUAUAAAAAAAACAAGACUUCACUUAAUUUUGAAUGUUUUUAAAUGCUGCAUGUCUGGUGGGAUCGAUCAGUACUGAAAGCACAUAUGCAUGGAGCUUAUGCUUGUGUUUAUUUACAACUGUUGUUUGUGGCUGAAUCUCACAUGCAGUUCUGUGCCUCUGUUCUCGAGUACUGUUAUUGCUAGGAUCCGUACUACCAGUAGUCAGUAUUAUUGAAACCACUGUUGGAAGUUUCUUUUAAAAAGUGCGAAUCUUAGAGGCACCUUGGCCCCUUCAUCGUGGAGGAGCAUUUUCACUUGGGCUUAGCUUUGGGACUGAAGAACUGUAUUGAAGUAUUAAAGAACUGCUGUUUUUAUUUCUACCAUGCAGAUAAAAACAUAAUCACUCCAUAAACUACUGCAAUGAUAUCCCGAAUGGGUUGCUUUUAUUGUAAUUGUGAGAGUUUCUUCUUUUCUUUUUUUUUUUCCAGGACCAUGUCAGAGGUGUAACUUUUCUGUAAAAAUUUAAAAAAAUAAUCUUGUGGUUAAGUGCCAAAUAAGCAACACAAGCAGUAUUGUAUAAACGUAUACUGUACAUUGUGAUUUGUUCAAUGGAAUGUUUGUAGUUGUUGCAUUUUUGUAGGUUUUGUAUGGUAUCCUAUGUUGAAUGGCUAAAGUUGGCGAAAUACACGAUUCUGAUUUUGGUCAGCCUUAAAAGUAAAGAAUUAAGUUUA